CCGAGAAGCCCUGUUUCCUGCAGCUGUUUUCUGUGAGAAAGGGAACGAGUGAGAGGGAGAGGAGGGAGAGAAAGCCACCUCACCAAACACCGAAGACAGGCCAAAAGGAGGGAGAAAGAGGAAAAAAAGAAAAACAAAACCACGGAAAAGUGUGUGAGAGACAGAAGGAGGGAAGAGACUGACCACGGGAGGGAAAAAAAAGAGAGGGCACUGAAAGCUAGAGGACAGAGAGAAGAGACAACAGGAGCCGAAGAAACUCAACUUUCCAAGCCAACAACCCCCAGGAGGACACUCAUAGGGGAAGACUUUGGGUGUCCAGCAUGUCCACUCCCCCGCCUGAGAAUGGCCCAGAGGACGUCAACAACCGCAGCUUCUGGAUGCCAGGAAAUUACCACAGUACGGUGAAACGCACAGAGAAUGCCUUCCUGGCGUGUAACGACAUGGUGGCGUGCUUCCAGGAGAGGGCCCGCGUGGAGCGGCAGUACGCCCAGCAGCUCAGCGAGUGGAGCAAUAAAUGGAAGCCCCUAGUGGACGCAAGUCCAUUGUAUGGGUCCCUGUUGCAGGCGUGGCAGUGUUUCCUGUCCUCGGCUGACCGCAUCGCGGCGCUGCACUCCUCCAUCUGCCGCUCUCUGGUGUCCGAAGACGGCGACCGCAUCCGCACCUGGCAGAAAGACACCUUCCACAAGAAGCUGUUUGGGGGCUUUAAAGAGUCCCAGGACUUUGACACCGGUUUUGCACGUGCUCAGAAACCAUGGGCCAAAAAGCUGAAAAAGCUGGAUAAAGCCAAGGCAGCCUUCCACAAGGCCAGCCGCAAGGAGCAGGCAGCCAUGGACCGGGAGGCCCAUGCUCAGGGCAACCCCGACAUCGCCAUCGAGAAGCAGAGGAAGAUCCAGGAGGAGAGGGAACUUGCCCGGGCCGAGACUGAGAAGGUGCGUGGCAGGUAUGAGAAGGUUCUAGAGGAAGUGACACGCUACGCUCCACGCUACAUGGAGGAGAUGGAGUCGAUCUUUGACCAAUCACAGGAGGAGGAGAGGAAGAGAAUCAGCUUCCUCAAGCAGGCCUUCCUCUCCAUCCACAGACACCUGGAUGUCACCAACAAUGAGGGUGUGAAGGCAGCGUACAAUGAGCUCCACAACACUCUGAUGGCCAUUAAUGAGGUGGAGGACUUGCGCUGGUGGAAAAACACACAAGGCCCUGGUAUGCCCACUGACUGGCCACACUUUCAGGAUUGGACGCCCGACAAGAAGAGUAAAAAAGGGAAGAAAGACUUGGACCUGAAGGAGCCCAUCGAGAGAGUGGUCAUGAUUGGAGGAGUGAGGGUGAGAGCUCUCUAUGAUUAUACUGGACAAGAGACAGAUGAGCUCUCCUUUAAAGCCGGCGAGGAGUUCCUGAAGAUCGAGGAUGAGGACGACCAGGGCUGGUGCCGCGGAAUGAUGGAUGGAGGAAGAGAGGGCCUCUACCCCGCCAACUAUGUAGAAGUGGUCUAGUUGAAUAGAUUCCAGAGAGGGAGAGAGAUGAAGACUUAAAAGAGCAAAAGAGACUUUUUUGUUACAUUGUGGUACUUUAUCCCUGUGUGUAAUCAACUGUGGAAGUGUAGGAGGUCGAUGUUUAUUGUACGAACAAGUGCAGAGAAGGUAAUGGUUAUAUGACCUGUCAUAUUUCAGUGGUUGUAUACAUCAUGGUGAAGUAGUAUCCCAAGAAUAUGUAUACAUGCUUAGACAUAUGCAAACACUAUACCCCCUCCCCAGACACAUGCACACAAACACACACACACUACAUAGACACAUAUCGACAUACAAAGCCACAGGAACAUGUAUACACAGACAUAUCAUAGUGUACUGGCUCUAUUAAUUUCCAUGCCACUGUUAAUACCAUCACAUGGUAUAUAUGCACAGAGAUAAGAGGGCAGUGUUUUGCCUUACCGUUGGAAGUGGACAUCUAAACCACCCUUACAGUUGUAAGUUUACUUGCACAAUCAGACCCUCUCUAAAAUCCAUACAGUAUAUUCAGGUGACUACUGUUCCCAAAUGAUGCCCAAUUUCGUGCCAAUUUCAAAGUCAGGCGUCUCAGAGGAUUUAUAAUUGCAACUUCUUGGCUCAGGCAGUAACCAUUGAAAGAGGAGGGAUGAGUUGUGGCGUUCAGGGGAUGAAGUAUAAAACCUAUUUUUAAGAACUUUCUUUCUUAAUGCGGAGGCAAUAGAAAUGCAAAAAUCUCUGGUGUGUUGCUUAAGCUGAGGAAGAAUUGCCAUCAAGCUGUACCGCUUCCUCUGGACACCAGAUGUCACUAACAUCCAGUUGCUGUUGAAGUCUGCUUCUGUUUUAGGGUAAAUGAAACCAGACAAAUUAGCUAGUUGUUUGAGUUCAUCCCUCAGUUUCUUAAGUUGCUUUUGAGUCUGCAUUAUAGAUUAUUUUGUACAUUCAGUUUUACACAUUUUUGACACUAUGGCUCUUACUCAAAAAAGUAAGGGGCAGGGGAGGGCCGGGCUGUCAUUUUAAGAUUUCAAAUGGAUGUAUAAUAUAUUCUCACAAAAAAAUCUGUAUGAGCAUAGUAUGUAAUGCAUGAUUCUAUGCCAGCCUGGCUCACAUUCAACUAUUCUGUUUGUGAAUUUCACAAGGAAAAAAGCCUUAUUUAUACCAAAGAGUUUUCGAUAGCUUACGAGAGCCUCGCUUAGUUGAUGCCGUCAUCGUGUGAGCUGGAUUGAUGCUCUCAUCACAAUGUAUAUCACACAGAAGUAUAGCAAGCUGUCAGAGUUUCCCUGUAGUGGCAAUCCCUCUUGAGUUGACUUCUGGUUCUCUGUCUCUGUUCCUUUUCCCCCCUCUAUCUCAGUUAUAUGUCUCAUGCUUGAAAUGCUCUCACCGUGCAGGCGUGAUCCUACGUUUACUCUGAACAGUAUUGAUGGUGUUGAUGGCGUUACGCCGGCGAGGAUGGUGUUACCGUUCGUCAUGUCAUGCUGUGCCUGCCACCUGGAGAUGAAAUUGAUCUGUGGUACAGGUCAUCUCUGUGGUGGGAGGUGAGAUCUCUUUUCUGCAGUGCCUGUAGGAGCGCUGGGUGGGUCAGGCAGCUCGGAGCAGCACCGUCUGCAGGGGGUCACCAGUAUUAGUGUCGGACAGUUGCCAACAUGCGUGCCAACAGGAAAAUGAUUUACAGUUGCUCUGUGCCUGUGUGUGUGUCUGGAUGUAUGUUGCAUUGCAUGUAUAUAUAUAUAUAUAAGAUGAUGAUGAUGUUGAUGUUUGUUUGUUUGUGUGGCUGUGCGUUUAUGUCCUUGUGUGUAUCAUCUGCCAUUCUCUGCAAACAUAAGGGAAUAAUUGAUGGCCUUGAGUAAACUUUGUCUAUUCACUAAAAGUAGCUGGAUUAUUGAUAAAUAAAUGCACAUUUCUAUUGUUAAACAUGAAAAUGAAACACAAUUAAACAAAAGUACUUCUUA